GAAAAGGGUUCUGAUCUCCUUCAUCUCACGCAAGCUUUAGUAAAAGAACCGUCUGCCCUUUACGACUCCCGCAUCGGAGGUCCAAGUUCCUUCACUUUCUUCAAAAACCCACCCUCGCUUUCAUAAUCACUUCAGCAUAUUUUCCCACAUUAUUUUCCUUUCCACUUUCUCUCCAAACAAACAAAAAUACUAAUUCGUUUUCCUUUUCCCUUUCAAAUUAUCAACAAAAUUCAACUGAUUUUGAAGCUCUCACGCAUGAAAGCGCGAGAGUAGUAAGUAAAAAAUGGUGGCACCGGCGGUGUUGGUGUUGUUGAAGUGAUAGAAAUCGAAGGAAAAUAAAGAAGUAAAGAAAGAAAUGAGUGCGAUGAAGCGAAAACCGGUGCAGCAGAAAUCGCAAAUUAGAUGGAAGAGGAAGGUUUUGGCGGCGCUUUUAGUGUCGCUUUGUCUAGCGAGUUUUGUGGUAGUGGAGACGCAGUACUCACGGAUCGUCUCGUUGGCUUCUUUACGACAUCGUUUCACGGUCAAGCCGAAGAUCGCCUUCCUUUUCAUCGCCAGGAAUCGGCUUCCUCUCGAUAUGAUUUGGGAUGCUUUUUUCAAGGGAGAAGAGAACGUAUUUUCAAUUUAUGUUCAUUCUAGGCCUGGUUUUUUGUUAAACAAAGGAACAACGAGAUCCGCUGUUUUUUUGAACCGGCAAGCUAAUGAUAGUAUACAGGUAGAUUGGGGAGAAGCGACUAUGAUUGAGGCUGAGCGUAUAUUGCUUAGACAUGCAUUAACAGAUCCUUAUAACGAACGCUUUGUUUUUGUCUCAGAUAGCUGUAUACCUAUUUAUAACUUCAGUUACACGUAUGAUUAUAUCAUGUCUACAGCAACUAGUUUUGUUGACAGCUUUGCUGAUACAAAAGAGGGUCGAUACAACCCAAAAAUGGAUCCUGUUAUUCCUGUUUACAACUGGAGGAAAGGAUCUCAGUGGGUUGUGCUAACAAGAAAGCAUGCAGAGGUGGUUGUAAAUGAUACUACAGUCUUUCCAAUGUUCCAACAACGUUGCAAGAGGAAAUCCUUGCCGGAGUUUUGGCGAGAUCGUCCCUUUCCAGCUGAUCCUGCAAAGGAGCACAAUUGUAUACCUGAUGAACAUUAUGUUCAGACAUUACUUGCUCAAGAAGGUUUUGAAGGAGAAAUUACACAAAGAUCGUUAACCUAUUCUGCAUGGGAUCUUUCAGCCUCUAAAGAUCGUGAGCGCCGUGGAUGGCAUCCGGUGACUUAUAAGUUUUCCGAUGCCACGCCCAAGCUUAUUAAAUCUAUAAAGGAUAUUGACAAUAUUCAUUACGAGACCGAAAACCGAAGAGAAUGGUGCAGUAGCAAGGGGAAGCCAGCCCCGUGCUUCCUUUUUGCAAGAAAAUUCACCAGGCCUGCGGCUCUACAACUUCUUAAUUUGUCACUUCUAGGUGCUCGCCGUGGAGCAAAAAGUGAAACUUAACUGCAUAAAGGGUAAUAUUUUCUGUAUUUUGUCUAAUGUUAAGUAGGAUUUGUUAGGCUUAACAUGUAUUUUUGCAGU